AUGUUAAACAUAUUGUCGUACUCAAAGUUAUUUUCGUCAUGUGGGAGGCAGGCUGUAACGUGCCCAAAAGGCUGUAACUCGUACCGCCACGUUUCAACAGGUUCAGAUGAAUGCUUGUUUACUGACGGAAGAGCGUCAAUGGGCAGAGAGUUUACUCUACAGCCAGUGGAAAUGGAGCCAGUUUUCAAAGUGCAUCGUCCUUAUUCAUCAUCCAAUUGUGACAACCCAAUAAGCGAGGACGAUCUGCCAUAUGAAUGUGGCGCUUCGAGCGACUGUAACACACGAAGUAGUACUCUCAGAGAAAGGGCGGUAUGCGACGAACCUCUCGCGAAAGGCCUUCAAAACACAACUGCUUCAACUCCCUAUCGUGUGUCGUGGUACGAACGUGGAGCCGUUAGUCCCUCGAAGCGGUUCGUGUACUGGGCGUUUCGUCGGCUUUGGGAUCUUCCACCAGACGCCAGAGAAUACUAUCGUCGCAUGCUCUACCAGGAAGUUAGAGCGGCUCGUUAUGUUAACCAGACGUGGGAUUGCUUCAUGAUGGUUGUGGAUGGAUACCGGAAGGGGAAAUGGAUUCUUAAGAAAUACGGUAUCAAAAUUGAUGAAGGUCUUAUUCCAAAACCCUAUAAUAACUUCUGGGAGGAAACGACUCACGAGGAGCGUGUUUGGGCACACCGAAGAUCACAUCAAAUGAAAGAUCUUCAGGCCCUCCAAAGGGAAGAUGAUAAUUUAGUAUUUGGUGCUCACAUUAUGGAUCGACGAGAGGUAACGUAUGGGUCUGUGAAGAAUUUGCAGACGGGUAUGCAAGGAGGUACUCCUGUACACGCGCACGAUUUGCCGGCUCCUUUUGAAGCCGACGUGAAGAUGUCAUUGCAUGAAGAAGACAUCAGUAGUGCUCUGAUGUCCAGCAUUGAGGACGACAAACUGUGGAACCCUGUGCUCCGCUCGCGUGUUCACAACAAACUCGCAAGAGAUGAAGCUGAGCUGUAUGGAUUCGAAGAUGAAGACGAUGGUGAUGACCGUUCUUGA